GGCGACGCGGUAACACGCCCCACGUGACCCACCGGAGCUCGCCGGGCACUCGUCCCUCGCGGCCAACAACUCAUCGUCGCCAGAAGUUCUCCAGUCCACCGACCGACCACCACCAUGAGCAGCGCUACCUGGAGGAACGUCUUCACGUACAACAAGUACACGCAGAUUGCGGCUCGCGCCUUGAGGCAGUCGCUCAAUGAAAGCGAGCGUGUCCAGGCCGAGAAGCGCGGCCUCACCAUCCUGAGGUACCAGAACUGGGAGAACGGUGUCGGUGGUCCCCAGACGCACCUUGUACCCCCUGUGGAGAAGGAGAUAAAGCAGGGUGUGGUGUAACGGCGGAGGCCGUUCCCAAUACAUAACUGUGCCGUCUGUCCCUGCCCGAGAGUCAUGAAUGCUAAACUUUGAUUCGUCUACCCUGA